GCAGCGGAGUGGGAAAGGCGGCGGGAAACCGGGCGGCACAGGCAGGGGACACCGCGCAGGGCGAGCAUCAUGGGCGCCGCCAUAUUGCCAGGAGCGCAAGGCACGCUGGGUAACGCCUACCAUUGGCCCAGGGAAGGAACGCACGCACGGAACUACGUCACAAACGUAACAGAACGUAAACACGGGCAAAGCGCGAAGUGUGUGAGGAAUAUUCCUGUCAGGAUGGAUUUGGACGAACCUCAACCUAAAGGACUGUUUGAGUGCGAGCUGUGCAGAUUGUCCGUCCCAUACACGUACUAUGGUCAGAGGCCCCCAAAUUCACAGUCAGUCGUACUCCUGGAGGAAUGCUUUGUCACAAAGGAUCCUUUUACUCCUGAAAAAGAGAAGUUUCUGAUCCUUGGAUCCCCCUGUAGUCUGUGUAAGAAAUCAGUCUGCGUUGGCACGGAAUGCAGCCUGUUCUAUUCCAAGCGCUUCUGCCUGCCUUGUGUCACGCAGCACCGAGAGGGCUUUCCUCCCGAGAUCCAGCAGGACUUGGAUAAAAGGAAAGCACAGAAGAAGUCAUGAGUCAGAACUAUCGGAAGUCAGAACUAUCAGAAGUAGGAGGCACAGAGGGGGCCCCUUGUAGGAAAGCAUCUUUGGAGGAAGCUUCCAUCAUGUUCAUUUUCCUAGUCCGGAACCAACUCCCGGCUGAUACUGUUACUGCUCCAUGGAACUGUAUGGGGCGCUACCAUGCUGCUCCCUAAUAUGCACUUCAGCCACAGUGGGACUUGUGUGAUUAAAGUGGCCUUUCACCUUUGAGUAAACUUCAAGUACAAUGUA